AUGCUAUCUCGAUCCACGUUUGUGGCCUUGCUGCUAUCCGGCCGUGUCAUGGCCGCUGCGACGUGCAAAACCACUCCCUCCGAUGCGAGCUGGCCAAGCACCGACGACUGGAACAGUUUCAACCAAUCUCUGGGGGGGGCUCUGAUAAAAACCCAGCCUAUUGCAGCUUCGUGCUACGAGAACAGUUCGUUCUCUUCCCCGGUGUCAUGCGACGAAGUCAACAGCAACUGGUUCUCUCCCGCCCUCCAUGCACGCUUCCCAGAGUCGAUUGAUUAUCCGUACUGGGCCAACAACUCUUGCGUGCCGCCGAGCGACUACGCGUACCAGAAUCAGGGAUGCGAGCUGGGAGGCUUGCCCGAGUUCAUACUCAACGCCACGACUACGGAGCAGGUCGCGACGGCCAUGAAGUGGGCCAGUUCACGGAACAUCCGAAUCGUUCUGAAGGGCACCGGACAUGAUUUGGUCGGCAGGUCCAGCGGCGCCUACUCACUAUCGAUCUGGACUCAUCAUUUCCAAAGCAUCGAGUUGAACAGCCAGUGGCCGCGUCCGCUUGGCAACGGGACCGAGAAUGUGGCCAUCGUCGGAAGCGGGUACAACUGGGGACAGAUUCUCAACGCUACCGCCGCUGUCGGAAGAACCCUGGUCAGUGGUCAGGUCAGCAACGUUGGCCUCGGAGGCUUCAUCGGAGGCGGUGGCCACGGGCCUCUUUCGAGCCACUACGGCUUGGGUGCCGAUCAGGUUCUGCAGGCUACGGUAGUCACAUCGGCCGGGGAGGUUCUCGUGGCCAACGAGGCUCAGAACCAGGAUCUGCUAUGGGCUAUCCGUGGCGGCGGGCCUGGUCUCUACGGCGCCGUCGUUGAAUACGUUCUACGCACGCAUCCCAGCCCCGAGAACGUUGUCCUGUCGACCCUUUCCUUUUCAAUGGCAGGGAACGACACACAAGCAGCCAUCCUUGCCUCCUGGAACGCGCUGGCGACAAUCUCUGCAGCUUUGCCGGAUCUCAUGGACGCUGGUAUCGCAGGGUUUGGAAGUGCGUCGACGACCAAAGUCUACACAACAUCGUCUGGUGCUCUCGGCCAAGGAAUCACGGCCAUCUUCACCUUCUUCGGUUACAACACCACGGAGAGAGCAGUCUCCUCUCUUUUGGCCCCCUUGAAGUUGAGCAUGCUCGCACAUGGCGGGGAUGGUGCACUUUCGGUGGACCUUUCGGAACCCGAGGUCUUCUCAACCUACCUCUCCUUCUUCAACGACAAUCUCAACAUUGUUGAGACGCCAGUUGGACAGAUCAGCAUUUCCUCCAGCCGCCUUCUUGGUCGCCGCGAGUUGACGGAGAUUUCUCUAGACCAGCUGCGUACCCAUCUGCAAAGUCUCAUGGAAACCCAGGUUGACGGAGCCUCUGCCGCGUUGGUCUAUGGAUUGCAAGGUGGUAAAGGCCCUCGAGAGGUCCAGGAACAUAUGCGUGGCGCUCUGAACCCCGCUUGGCGACGAGCCUACAUCCACCUUAUCAGUGCAGCCUCGAAAGUCAACACAACGGACACAACGCCGCAAGAGGCUUUGGAUUCCGCCGCUGCCUGGACCGAGGAAAUCCAGGAGGCUGCAUGGCGGAAGUGGGCGCCGGGAUCGGGCUCGUACAUCAACGAAGCCAACCCAUUCAACAGCAACUUCCGCGAGGACUUCUACGGGGAGAGCUAUGAACGCCUACUGGAGAUCAAGAAAAAGUACGACCCCACUGCCAGCUUGUUUGUUUUGUCAGGGGUUGGAAGCGACAUGUGGAAGUAUGACUUGAACACUGGAAAAUUGUGUCCGCAGUAG